AUGAUCCAAAACCUCUCUGAUCAGACUAGUACAGAUUCGGAGUCUCUGAACUCUAGCCAGAAAUUCCCGAAGAUCGAGUACAAUCAGCCACUGUCAUCAUCUUACGAACAUCCAAUCGUCACAAUAUGUAUCGGAGAGAAGAAAUAUGGUAUUUUGCGGUCGCAUAUUCGAAAGUAUCCUCUAUUGGGUCACUAUUCCCCUCAAGAUACAUACGUCGCACUUUCCGAUGUUGAUGGAGAUGUCGGCCACACCCUGGUUCAUUUUUUGUACUCGGGUACUUACGAGACGAUAAACUCGCCACUCGAUGAAAAUGUCUCCUACAUCGGACGAGAAUAUCAAAGAAGCGUUAUGGUCUACUAUGCGUCUAGGAAGUACAACAUCACCGAUCUCGAGAUCCUCGCUAGAAAGUAUAUUGAAUACUUCGGCGAAGCCAUCUCCACAUUUGAAAUACUGUGUUCCACUAGAGAAAUAUUCUCAAAGCUUCCUGAAGACGAAGUCUGGCUUCCGAGCUACGUGAGAAAAGUUCUACAGCGGUCGUUUGUGCCAGGCACUCUACCAUUAAAUAUCGAUGAUCUGUCCGAAGUUUUGAAAGAUCACGACUCUUUGAGUAGAGUUGUUAUGUUAUCAAUGAUCGAAAUUUUAUCUUCACAUAUUCAACACUUGGAAAAAGGGUCCGAGUCUCAACACCAUUUUGCAUUAGGAGUUCCUCCCGGAUUCAAGACUGAGUUGCUUGUUCCAAACGAUUGGGGGACCACUGGCGGAGCAAAAACAAAUGAAAUGAAAUCCGCAGAUGAGCCUACCCCCACUAAAAAUUUGGUGGUGGUUGAGGAGCGGUCUAUUACCUCCGAAGAUUGGUCUGCUCCUGAAGACUAUCCUUCUGUGGAAGAGUAUCCUGCUCCUGCAGAGUAUGCUUCUACGGAAGAGUAUCCUCCUGUGGAAGAGUAUCCUGCUCCUGUAGAAUAUCCUCCUUGGUGGCAUGUCAAAACCGGCAGGGCUGAUGCUAAAGAGAGUCUGGCCAAGAUUUUGCUGCCAGAUGUGGCUCUAUAUCAUGACUGGGAAACUCUCUCAUCGGCAGAAACGCGCAAGAGAGGCAAGAGGCUAAAGAGGCGUGGUCUGCCGAUCCCAGACGCAAACGGCGUUAUUUCAAUUCCGUUGAUAUAA